ACUAGGUCUCCAAGGACGUGAUUUGGUCGUAUCAAGAUCUCCUGUAUUAUUAUUUUAGGAAGCAGGAGCUAUUAAAGAAAAAGAAGAGUCCAUAAGCAACCGUAUCACUGCGGAACCACACAGCCCGACGGCAAGAGCUUUAGUUUAUAUCUUACACAAAUAUGCCUCGAUUACCUUUACACUGUUCAUCCGGGACAGGUUAUAUUUCGCCAAUGAGUAAGGCAUUACGAUUUGUUCGAUAUGGUUGUGCUAAUAGACCGUUUUUUCAUAUCGUUGUAAUUGAUACCAAAAAAGGAGAAAGGACACCACCAGUAGAACAAGUUGGUGUAUACGAUCCUAUUCCAAAUAUGUACAAUGAAAAAUUAGUGUCCUUCAAUUUUGAAAGAAUACAAUAUUGGAUUGCCAAAGGAGUACAGAUGUCCACACCUGUUGCAGAUUUAUUAGGACUCGCUGGAUUUUUACCUGUUCAUCCAAAAACAUAUAUGAGAGCAUGGAGAAAUCGUAAAACUACAGAAAAAUGUUCUUAAAGAAAAUAUAUGUUAAGAAUAAGCAUUUGUAUUACACAUAGU